AUGGAGUUCUUCUGUGGACUCUUCGAUGCUCCCCCUGAGCCUCUACACUUUGUGCAGCCGAGUGAGGAACUGCUUGGUUAUGCAGAGGCUUCCACGGUCGUGGAUGUGCUUGGCAACGACGUGGUCACUCGAACGGCCUUGCAUGCUCUGCUGGUCCGCAACCGACUCAGGCCGACUGAGGCUGCUGUCUUCAUUCUUGGUCAUGGUGACUGCUGUGGCACCAGGAGGGAGCUCCUCCUCGCGGUCCCGUUAUGCACAAACCUUGUCGUGGAACUCUGCCGAGUUCCACCGUCAACCCAGGCGCGGCCUGACGGUCAAGUUUUCUUGGUCUUGGAUGGCUUGGUGGAGGGCUUUGGCAGCCAGUUGAAGAGGGUCGAGAAGAGUGGGAGGGGUCAUCGGCUGACUCCAGAGGAGUUUUCGCGGUGCUUGAAAGAAUUGCACAGCACCGCUCACAGCCAUCGGUAUUUCUUUCCGUCCAAAGAGACGAAUCACGACUGGAUCUACAGCUACGGCGUUGAUCGACUACCCAUGGCCGUCCAGAAAGCUUCACAACCCAUGUGGCAGCGAAAGAAGCCUGAUAAGAUGACAUCUUUGAUAUUUCAAGACACGCACAUCAGCAUGCUUGUUGAGCCGCAUAUAUCAUGGAAGAAGAUCCAGCCAUUUUUGAAGGAACGUCAGACAGAGUUUUCAGAAGAAGCGAGACGCAGGAUAAUGACAGUGACCUUCAACUGUGCUUCCCAGAAACCCAUGGCUCACGACAUCCACAACUUCUUCGCGGAGGGCGAGCCGUUGCCAGACAUUAUUUUCGUGGCACUCCAGGAGACGUGCCCAUUGGCGCUUGCAAUCGACGUGACGGAAAUCGCCAGUGCACAAUAUCACAAAGCCUGGAGCUCUGCGGUCACAGCAGCCGUGAAGCAUCGAGGCGAGUACAGGCUUCUGGCCGACUAUGCCAUGGUUGGAUUGCAGUUGCUGCUGUAUGUUCUUGAGGAUUUGGCACCCAAGGUGUCCCAGACUUGCUGGGGAUCCGCCCGCUGUGGGACACUGGGCGCUGGCAACAAGGGCGCGGUGGCUUUUGGGCUUGUCAUGGGAUCCACGUCGUUCUGCUUCGUCAACUCACACUUGGCAGCUGGCGAGAGCACCUCGAGCUCACAGGAGAGAUCUCAGGACUUCGACUACAUCAUACAGACGUUGCGCUUGACGGGCAUCUCUGCAAAUUGCACCGUGGCCCCUGUGGAUGUACGAGAUUCUCGCAAUAUCUUUGAGCACGACCUCGUUGUUUGGGCAGGCGAUUUGAACAUGCGACUCUGGCGCGACGUUGAGAUGACAGAGGUGAUGCAUCGGACUGAGGUCUUGUCGAUGCUGCAGCAGCACCAGCUGCAACGAUUGCUCGAUUACGAUGAGUUGCACCGUCGACGGCUCGCCAGUGGUUCAUUUGCGGCUUUUGAAGAAGCUGCGAUCGACUUCCUCCCAAGCUACAAAUUUCGUCCUAUGAGCAACUCGAACAAGGACGAAGCAAUGCAAGAUGUCAAGCUCCUUGAAGCUCUGUGUGGUCAGUAUGAUGACAAGCGCACGCCUGCGUGGUGUGACCGCAUAAUCUGGCGUGCCCGUCGAAAGGUGAAGCAAGAAGGCUUGCUGCGAUAUGAGCUGCUUGACAGCACAACGUUCUCCGACCAUCGACCAGUCAGGCUAUGCAUGCAGAUUUGCAUCCACGAAAUGAGCCUAGAGGACCUCAGGCGUGUAUGCUCGGAAUAUGAAUUAAAGCGCAGUGCUUCGCUUCGCCUUUUGCGGAGUGGGUCUUCUUUCGAAGAGGCGGCUGAAGAAACAGAGGCAUCUCUGACCAAGGCCGCGUUGUGA